AUGAAUAAAAUCGAAGCAUUAUCACCAAAACCUUUUUUAUAUGGAUUAAAAGGUAAAAAAAUAGCAGUUCGUUUAAAGUGGGGUGGAAUGGAAUAUCGUGGUAUUUUAUCAUCAGUUGAUAGUUAUAUGAAUUUACAAAUGUUAGCAACUGAAGAAUGGAUAGAUGGUGCAGUUAUGGGUCAAUUAGGCGAAGUUUUAAUUAGAUGUAAUAAUGUUUUAUAUAUUAGAGGAAUUGAAGACGAAGAAAUUAGAGAUUAA